ACCACCACUACAUAUCACCACUACACACCACCACCACCUCCACCACCACCUCCACCACCGUCCAACCCUUCCAUCAUCGUGGCCAGUGAAACCAAUUCUCUCCUUCCCCCCUUCCCCCCACCCACCUCCACCACCACCGCGGAUGUCCCAAACCAAGUACAAAUCUACCGGUCACCUACCGCCGCGGUGUAUCGCGCACGUUUGUGGAGUUGGUCCGCCAUCGGUCACCGGGAUAGCGGGAGGGGGAUGCCUGCACGAGCGAGUAUGUACAUAGAGUAGGUAGAGUAGAGUAGUCCUACCUACCACACUCUCGCUUCACAUCAUAGGUACUCUACUAGGUAGUUCGUUAGUAGAUAAUGUCAGAACCACCACCACCCCUCCCCCUCCCCAUGGCCCUCCGUCUUGCUUGCUUUCUUUCUUGCCCGUUGCUUGCGGAGUUUCUUCGCACGGGUCUGGGAAUCGCGGGACACACACACACACACGCACACACACACACACACGCACACACACACACACGCACACACGUACGUACUCUACAUGACUACGAGGUUUUUCGGGCUGCCACUCCUGUGUAUGUAUGGAUAGAGUAUGGAUGUGCAUACUUACAGCAUCCGUUCGUUUCAAUUUUCAAGCGGACACGGACAACGUCGAUGCAGGCCCCGCAUGGAGUGGAGGAUACUCUAUCACUGCAGCCGAUCACGAUCGCCCCCGGACACGCUUCUUGUGCUUCUUUUUCUUGUUCUUUUUUCUUGGGGUUCUUCUUCAUCUUCAUUUUCUUCGGCUUCUUCGAGUCGUUGUCGUUGUCGUUCUGUUUCUGUUUCUGUUUCUGUUUCUGUUUCUGUUUCUGUUUCUGUUUCUCCUCCUUCUCCUCCACCUCGCUCUUCCUCUUCCUCUUCCUCAUCUUCCUCGUCUUCCCCGUCUUCCUCUUCCUCGUUUUCCUCGUCUUGCUCCUCUUGCUCCGGCUCCUCUUCCUCCUCAUCGUCAUAGACGCUGCUAACAGCUAACUAGCAGUUCCAUAGUCGCAACCGAUUAGCUACCCAGUUAUCCAGCUACUCUAGUUGCUCGGUUGCCCUUGCCCUUGCGUCGUGUGGGCUGUAAGCUGUGGCCUUUGCUGCCUCAUACACCGCCAGCCCAGCCAGCC